AUGACUCUUCGCGAUAUUCCAUGCCUUACGAACCCUACUCAUUCAUUCCAUAUCCACAACUUCCAGCCCUCGUCAUCAGCUCCUCCCCUUCCACUCCACAUCCCCACCUGCCUCAGCACACCCCCUCACCCCCUGCAUCCACCAAACCCAGACCUCCCACUUCGAAUCAACAUCGAAGGACCAAUACUAGCUCUCCAACGGCUCCUUCCAGAGGUACCAUGGCAGGUCCCCCCUGCCCGGCACAACGUUUCUGGAUUUCCCAUGCCUGGCGGCCCUGCACUAGCGGCACUUGCAUUUCGCGAGAUUUAUGGCCGUGAUCCACGGGCUGAUGUUGCUGGGGAUGGGGAUAGGGAUAUGGUAUUGCGGGAUGAAUCUAAAGCGCCAAUCAUCGAAGCGCGACCUAUUGCCAUGAUAGACUACUACGGAGUCACAUUUGACCACCUCGUCCCACCCGAAGACCCCGAUCCCGAAGUCUUACAAAUUAAUAUUGUGGAGAUCGAAGAUGAUGGGGGCGUAUAUGCGAAUCGAUAUAAUCCGUUUGAUAUUGAUCCUGCAGAAUAUGUGGGGAAAAAGGUUUUGGCAGUGCCGAGGUGCUGUCAGAAUAGGAAGGGGACGACGGAUCGAUUAAGGGUUAAUAUUGCGGUGAAUCGGAGGGAUGGGACGAUUGAUGAUGAGUUUCUUGCGAGAUAUAUUAAGAAGAGUGGGGAUGUGGCCUAA